AUGUGGCUAUUGGAUGAAGCCGAUGCAACGGUACAGUUGGGGAAACGUUUUGGACUAGAUUGUAGUGGGAAAGAAUCAGAAGUGUUGGCUCAGUGUACGGAGUUAGAAUUGAAGGAUGCGGAGCUUGCAGCAGGCUGUGGAUUACUUUGUGUUUGGAACCCAUUAGUGUUCAGUUUGAGGAGUUGCUGUGGUGCUAGGAAUUUUGUUCUGCUUUCAGGAAAUGUCUAUGGGACAGAAAAGGGUGAUUUUAAUGAGAUAAGGAAUCUUGGGGAAAGAAAAGGGUGUUCUGUUAGGAGUCGAGGGAUGAGGGAGUUUAACCAGUUCAUUGAGUCAGUGGAAGUGUCUGAUUUGCCAAUGUUGGGGAGGAAGUUUACGUGGUGUAAUGCCUUAGAAGGGGAUAAGUGGAGUAGAAUUGAUCGGUUUCUUAUAUCUCUGGAAUGGUUGGGAAUGUUCAAUUACUCUGCGGUCACUGGAUGGGCAGGAUAUGUCAUUCAUUCUAAGCUGAAAGCCCUCAGAGCUAAACUGAAGGAGUGGAAUAUUCAUGUGUUUGGCAAUGUUAAGAAGAAUCUUAAAGAAGUUGGGGAUGAACUCCAUUUGCUGGAUCUGUGUGCGGAAUCUAGGGAACUUAAUGAAACUGAACUGGCUAGAGCAAGAUUGCUUAGAGAUGAGGUUUGGAAGUGGAGCAAACGACUUGAAUGGAUAUGGCUACAGAAGUCCAGAUUGUCAUGGGCGUUAAAGGGUGAUCAUAAUACUAAGUUCUUCCACAUAGUGGCUACCAGUAGGUAG